AUAUACCGUUACAAAUGUGUAUACAACGCAUAUAUUUGAUUAGCGCUUAAUUGAUGUGUGCCAUUAGCGCGGUGUUGAUAAAGAUAAGGUUUAACGGUUAUUUGUCUGGAUUGCAUCCCGGCUCAUACCUAGAUAUUGACGCGUACCGUGACAAAUGUGUUCAUAAAGCAAUCAGACGACUUAUGAGUAUAACAGAUGGCAGCCAACAGUCGAAAUGAUAAUCGACAAUAACAAUUGAAAACAACAACAAAAUAUAUAAUAUACUGUAUAAAACGACAGUUAAUCUUAAAGCAAGACACGCCGCACCGCGUUGCUCCCACGUUUCUGUAUGUGCGGCCAAUUGCAAAAGUCAAACACGCACAUUUGACCGAUAUUCAAAGUAAACUUUUUUCCAAUUAUAAAAGGCAGUAAAGAGUGUCGACACAGCAUACAAUACGUCAGCCAUACAUACUUACACGUCUGUACAUUCAUAAAUCGUAUGAAGUAUGCUGGUAUAUAAACGUCAUUAGUCAUACACAUUUUGCAAACUACUAUUUUUAUAAAGAAAGCAACGCUUUACUGUCGUCACAGCCGCCGCGCCUCGGUUUAGCCACUAGUGAUUCAGCUAACUUUUCAGGAAUUCCUUAACCUCAUUGCAGCCAAUUCGUCCCCUUUGGCUGGGGAGCCCCGCUCAGCGGCCGUUCGACGUUUGCAAAGCGCGAAGCACAUACAGUGCAGUCGUAAGCGACGCGAGAUGACCAAGCGAUCUACCGUUUUGCUUUGAUCUUUCAGCCGGUUUUGUAACUAUUCGCAUUUCAGACGCUCGCCGUGAUCGUCGUGUGUCGCUCAUAAACAGUAUUGCAAGCUUUUUAUGUUUUGAGUUCGCGUGAGUGCACUUGGUUUCGUUGACUGCGCUUUAUUUACAUAUGUAUACAUAAAUAAUAUAGAAUAAACAAAAGAAUAUUAAAAAUUAUAAUUUUCAAAUUAAAAGCAAUUUUAUUGUUUUUUCACGUGCAGUGUUGUUGUGUUUCAGUGUUCAAAAUAACGAAGCGAGGAAGUGAUCACAUUGAGAAUAAAGAAAAAAGAAAAAAGACAACAAAAAUAUUGAAAAGAGGAAAAAUUGCUUUAGUUGUUUAUUAAAAGAUAUAAAAGAAACUUAUAUAAGUUUUAAACUAAGUCACAAAUAGCAGCAACAACAAAAAUUGCAAAGAUGUCAAUGUACGGCAAACGAAAUCAAAAAUAUCUGCUGCAACUAAUCACAGUUUUAACUGUUCUACUGCAAGGAACGCUCGGUCAAUCGGUUUUACUCAGUCAGCGAAACUUUUUUGCGGAAGGCAAUUCACAUGAAACAUUUUUGAAUCAACCACUCAACGCACGUCUUAACUAUACGGAUACAGUGCCGAACUUACAUUUGGAAACACGUGAGCAGUUUGAUGAUAACAACACCACGAUAAUUGUUAUUAAGAGUAUACACGAACAAUCCAACGAAUUGUCACAAACUGCCAUGGACAUCAUCACCAUCGUUUGGUAUGUGGCCACAUUUCUGGCGCUGGCCGCCUUCUUUCUGCUUAUGGCCUGCUCGGACAGACGCUGCACUGAGAACCGUGGCAAUGUAUUGAGCCACGAAGCGCCCAUUGCGCCGCCCACACCCUCGCCUUCGUACAGCGAAUUCGCACCGCCCAGCUAUGAGACCGUCAUCAAAAUGCAGCACGAUGCCAAAACCAGCGUAUUCGUUAUACCCUUCCCGCCAAUGGAUUCAGCGGCGCACAAAGAUGUGUGCAACAACAGUAAUGGUGCCGGCGCGCACACACCUCACACACCACAAACACCAACAACACCGGCAAUAAAUUUCUAUACAGUGAAUGAGUUGGAGAAAUUCAGUUGCUAGCUUGAUUGCUAGUUUGAGGGCCAACGAUCGCCAAUAUGUACAAAUGUAUCGGCAUUUAAUUGAUUUAAAUGUGACAGAAUGAUAUGUGGGGCAGCAUGAAUCACACACGGUGCAUCACUCGGUUAUCACUUAACCAUAACGAUACGUAAAGCAUCGUAUUAGCUAACAUUACUAAGUCAAUUUGUGCAGUGAUAGCCCUAUCUAGCACACUCUCUACCUGUGUAAUUGUGUAUAUAGUGCACAUGUGUAUAUACAUGUAUAUAUAUAUAGAAGAUAUGUAUCUUCAUAAACGAAUCAAAUUUUCUCAAAAUAACUGUGAUAUUAGUUAAAGUUGCACAUAUUUGCAUUUGUUAUAUAUAUAUCUUACGUAUUGCAACCGAAAUAGCAAACGCUAUAAGUAUACUUAUAUAAUUGAAAUGUAUAAAUAAUCUAAACACCAACACACCUGUGAGUACAGUAUACUCUCGAAAAGUAAAUCGAUUGGUAUUUUAGGUAAUUUACUUUUUCGAAUAAUUUACUUUUCCUAAUAUAUACAUUAAUUAUCUGUUUUUAUAAUAUUAAAUGCAUUUUUAAACUUAACAGAUUCAUUCAUUUAUUUGCUUCAAUAAAACAUAUGGAUUUACAUGAAAAACAUA